AUGACGCCUAAGAAACUCCCCAUGAUUGUCGAUAUCGGCAUCGACAACUCGGGAAAGAAGAUGUUUCAGGUCCACGAAACGUCCAAGCAAGUCCGUAACGGCAUGCCCAUAUCGUCUCAGUUUGCUGAGUCCUCCUUCUUUGACGGCACCAGCCUGCCUGACUCCAAACCCAGAAUGCGUGUUUCUACAAGUGCCUCGGCCAUAGAAACCUCCCUGACUUCCAUUCCUUCCUUUGGCCCUCCCAGAAGCGAUUCCGCUGAUAUGUCUUAUCUGGAAUGCAUCACUACUCCAACAAGCGCUACGUCUUCCACUCAUGGCGGUGACGCAGAGAAAGAUAUCUGGUGCCAUGACGUGCAACAGGCGUUUGAAGAGGUUCUCGCCAUUGUGCCCAAGAAGGGCCUUAACAAGAUCAAGAUUGGUGGCCGUUCGUGUGGUAGAAACGAGUUGAUCUCGGAUUAUAUCAUGGCCAAGACGGGGAAGUACAGAUCUAGAAAACAGGUCUCCAGUCAUAUCCAGGUGAUUAAAAACAUGGGCCUGCGGAAAGAACUUAUUGCUCUUAUUAAUGAUGGUCCACAGUUUGGUUCUGAUGAAGAGGCUGAGCGUAACAGCAAGCAUUUCGAGGAGAUCUUUGCUAAGAUCAACUUGAACAAGUCACUAGGUGUGGUUCCAAAUGGUAAGUCUUCAGGUUCUGAAAGACGCCACUCCACUGGCCUUUCGUCUACUCCAAAGAGAAAGCGCCUUAACACAGAGCUUGUUUCCAUCAAAAAUAUCAGCUUUUCCAUUGAAAGCAGUGUUCCCGGUAACAACAGCUUCUUGACCUUCCAAGAAGAUGUUCCAGUGAAGCUGUUGACUCUCAAAGAAGACGCCAACUUUGCAUCUAGAUUCCCUGGUUUGGAGGAGUUUGCAAGUACGAACGUGCCUAUUCUUCAUAAUAUGAUCCGUCUUUUGAAUCCAGCAAACUUGCCCAUUGACUUCUCUGUCGACAGGGAUCUCAAAACGAACUACAUGCUUGAUUUUGCUACUAUUCCACAGGCUGGUCUUUGCAGUUUUACCUCGGUUUAUUCUUUUGGUGCUGAAGUACUCAAGGUCAACGAGGACAAUUUCAUGGCAAACACCAACCAGCCAUUCCUUCUUAAGUUCUGGAAAUGCUUCUUCUACCAGUUGUUGCAGCAGCCAAGUUCUUUGGACGCUGCUUUCAAAGGCAUUACAGUCAAGCAGGUGAUCUACGAGCGCCAUGAUGGCUCAUUCAGCUUGGUUCCUAAGACCAGAAUAAAGGCUGUCUUACUCUGGGAAUUUUCUAAAGUCGAAACUUGGAGAGAGGCUGUUUCUUCGACUUCCAGGCUCUUCCUUCCGCCUUCCCUUCAGACUCCCAUUGAGUUGAGCGAUGCUCUUUCACAGCCACCAAUGCUUCUGGGCACGAACCCGAUCAAGCAAGAGUAUAUUUUUUCUCCUAACCAAGGGAUGCAUCCCGUGAAGCAAGAGCCACAAGAUCCUCUCAUGGGGCUUUACCAGGCGCCGUAUUUCCCACAGACACCAACAAACUUCCACACGCCUCCACCAUCGGGCCACACAUUCCAUCCCUCUGCAAAUGUUGACUUGGCAACAGUGAGAAGCUUGCCAAAUGAAGAUUCCGCCCAAUGCUUCGGCUCCUUCAUGGCCCCGUCAUCCACAGAGUUUGGCCCUUAG